AGCUCCUAACAUACAACUCAGUUAUCAAAAAACUCCUGAGUUCAAAUUCUCAAGCGACUUCUUUUGGAGAAAUGAAAAAUUAUCAUAGCAAACAAAUGUCUGAAGAUAAUUAAAAAGCCCUAAUUAUCAAAACAUUUCUGCGCCUCUGAAGAGUUGCUAUGAAAUUAUGCCGAAUGAUGAAAAGUUACCAAAUCGUUGUUUGUUUGUUUUUUUUCUGUUAGUAUCCUUCCCCUGACACAUCAAUGAAGAAAAUAGUGACCAAAAUCCUUUUACUUAUUUUGGCAACUUGUACGUGUUUACAAUUUAUCCUUUUCGUGAUACAUUUCUUCUCCGGUUGGUCGCACGAGUCUGCACCAACUCCAGCAUUAAAGUCAGGUACAUUUUACGUCGCUGAACUUCAGAAAAACGAUCAGCAAUUGGAAAACGCAAAACAGGAACAAAUUACGGCACCUCGCUACCUAAGUGAUCUUUCAACGUUGCAAUUCAGACAUAAAACAUCUCUUAUAACUAAGAGAAUUUGUGCACAACAUUAUGAACUUCUUAUUCUUGUAGCGUCUGCUCCACCUAAUUUGCAAAGAAGGAAUAAUAUACGUCUAACAUGGGCUUUCCGAAGGGCUCUCAAACCAAGAUGGACGACAGUUUUUCUUGUCGCACAAGUACAAAAUCAACCUCUGUCAAACUUUUUAUUGAGGGAAGAUGAAGUUUAUGGAGACCUUGUGCGAGCUGACUACUUUGACCAUUACUGGAAUCAGACCAGAAAGAUACAAAUGGGCUUCGAAUGGGCGAUAAGACUGGACGAUGUCUACGUUGGUAUGUUGGCGAAAAAGACUGGAAUAAAAAUUGUACACGCUGAUGGUUUUGAAUUAAACUCAAAGAGGCCGGAAUUGCAGUGUACUCCAAGUACCAAUUUUAAGACGCUAAUACGACAUGGUGUAGAGGGAAAUUGCCUGAUCGAAAUGUAUCACAGAGCGGUUUUAUCACGUAGAGACAGUGAUCGUUCGAAUGAAUUAAGCCAUACUUAAGAAUGCAAUCUUACCCUGCACGGCAAGAAAAAACGUAAGGUGAAAUGGAAUGAAACAAAUUCCCACUUGUUGAUUACAGGUUGUUAUAAUUUUUUUUUGCACGAGAGGUAUAGCGGGUUGGAAUUCUCUUCUUCUGAUUGUAAAUCCAGGUGAGAUCUUUGCGUUACUUAUCGUGAAUAAAUAAACGGUAAUCAUUCAUCUUU